CGGCGCCAUGGCGGUCAACGCGACCACUAACCCUUCGCAGCUGCUGCCGCUUGAGCUCGUGGACAAAUGUAUAGGUUCCCGGAUUCACAUCGUGAUGAAGAGCGACAAAGAAAUCGUGGGCACCUUGCUGGGAUUCGAUGACUUUGUCAAUAUGGUGUUGGAAGAUGUCACUGAGUUUGAGAUCACACCUGAAGGAAGGAGGAUCACCAAGCUUGAUCAGAUCUUGCUAAAUGGAAAUAACAUAACAAUGCUGGUUCCUGGAGGAGAAGGACCUGAAGUAUGAAGUUGGAAGGGACUUUCUGGUCACAUACAGGAUCUUUUUUGGUUGUUGGCCUGCCAGAUGGAGGGCUUUUUGUUUUGUUUUGUUCUUUACUUUUAAUGUUGAUAUUUGAUACAGAUAAAUUUCCUGCUAAAGGGAAAAUUCUUUAGGGAUGAUUGUAAAUUCUAUUUUUUGUAAAUUAGAAUCAUGAAUUUCUUGUAAAAGAAGAAAUCAGUUUGAUGUUCCAAGUCUAAAAUAAAGACUUUUUUUUCAU